AUGCCUCAACGGACAGGAGUCAGCCGGUCUCGCAACGGCUGUCUUACGUGCAAGAUACGCAGAGUGAAGUGCGAUGAAGAAAAGCCCACCUGCCAACGAUGCCGAUCCACUGGCCGAAAGUGCGACGGAUACGCCAGCCCCUUGUCAAGCACUGCUCGCCAAUCGACCGAUCUACGGAUCAUUCAAUAUACGUCGCAGGUAUCCCAGCCAAUGAAGAUGAGCAUGUUCCCUUCGUUUCACCAGCCGCUAGCGGGGUGUGACUACAGUGCGCUAGAGUUUUUCCACUUCCAGACAGUCUCCUGCUUCGGGCCCAAGGCCGGGGACUUUCUUCUUCGUGCAGCCUAUCAUGACGCGACCGUGCGAGUGGCUGCCACUGCGCUAGGGUCCUUGCAUCGCGCCUUUGUGCGUGAUGGUGGUGGGCCGGCUGUGCCGCAAUCGGGAUUGACUCGGUAUGCAUUGCAGCGGUACAGCUCUGCCAUCCACCUGGCUCUGAAUCAGAUCCCUGUGACUGAGGGACAAAGCACCGACAGUAUACUCAUCAUGUGUGUGCUGUUUUUCUGCUUCGAGAGUUUACAGGGCCACUUUCGCAAUGCUGUCCAGCACGGCAUAGCCGGCCUGCGAAUCCUCAGGCAACGGGAAGAGCGCUUCCUGAAUGAAGGAAUCGUAGCCCGUCUUCCCCCGCGCAUUGUUCGCUUGAUGUUUGUCACAAUUGAGAAUCAGAUCAUCGAGGUAGACUGGAAAUCGUACCUUCCUGUCUCCAUCCAGUCAACCCUUCUAUCUCCCUCCAAACUGCCCCCAGUCAAUUUGGACGACACUCCGACGCUCGACCAGCUCAGUGAUUCCUUUCAGUUCUGUUACAACCAGUAUCUCAAGUUUUUAUACCUGUCGCAGGCAUCCGAUAGUGUGGAGCUGGUCCAAACGCUUGAGCAGAACCAGGCAUACUACGCCCAGAUGCGACAGCACAUGCAUGCGUGGUCAGCAAAGUUCGACGCAUUCCUCGACGCCCAUGCGCAAACCGACCAGAGUGAAACCGAUCGCAUGACAAUCAAUCAUCUGAAGAUGUGGCGGAAGAUGAUGGGCAUCUUCCUGAAUAUGGAUGCGCCGCCCUCCGAGGGCGGACUUGACCGGUUCGCCUCUGAAUUCGGCGCGAUCAUCUGUCUGGCAGAGGAUCUUCUGAAUUCCUCUUCCUUGACACCUCCUGAUUCAAAGUCAAAACCCUCUGCCAGGGUCCAACCAGCUCGGCAACAGCAGAAUACGCUUCCUACCAUCCUCCCCAAGACCGAAUCCUCGUCAACAUCUCCACCACCGUCUUCCUCCUUCUUCGUCGUCUCGCUAGGACUCAUCCCCCUCCUCUGGAUCGUCGCCACAACCUGCCGGCACUCACAGAUCCGCCACCGAGCCAUCGACCUGAUGAGCCGCAGUCGCCGGCGCGAAGGCGUAUGGGACUCGGUCCUGUUCUCGACUCUUGCACGCAGAAUGGUCGCGAUGGAGGAGGAGGCUGCGGGAUUCGCCAAGGGAGCCAUGUACGAGCCGGCGGAUCUGCCUAUUUCUGCCCGGACUAAUACUAUUGCGGGUGAGUUCUGCGAGGGCCGGCAGGGGAAGAUUGAGUUUUUUCGGGAUGGGAUCAAGCUUUGGGAGGAGACAGUGCAGUGGUGA